AUGUUUUUGAAAUCAAAUCCCUGGCAUACUCAAACUAGACAGUCAGAUUCCUUUUAUUUCCAUCUCAUUGUGAAGUUAUUUAAGGAGUCACUGUCUACCCUUGUUGGCCUAGGCCUGGUGUUUGUUGGUGUGGGAUGGAGGGGUGUGGAGGGCUUCACUCAGGUUUUCACCACACCGCCCAAUUUCAUCACAUCAGUACCAAGUUUGCUGUCCACAGGGGGAAUCUGUCCACCGGGAACAAGAUACUGUGUCAAUGGAGAAUGCAGAGAACAGUGUACGGAACCGUCAAGGUUACAGACCAAGUGUUCUGAAGGGGAGGUAUUUUGUUUGGCCUCAGGAAGAUGUGUUCAGAAGGAUAAUGGCUGCUCUUUCCCAGGACCAACCGUGCAACCCACAACAUCCCAUUGUAUUGAAGACCAAGUGUUCUGUCUCCAGAGGGGAACAUGUGUCCCCCGCGGAACAAACUGUAAUGAGGGAGGGGGUGAAACCAGACCAACAGUGCAGGGGAAAUGUACAGAGAAUGAGGUUUUCUGCCUUGCCUCUGGUAAAUGUCAGCCCAAGGAAGGGUGUGGAAAAGAAAUGGAAAAAUUGGUGGAAUCUGUCCAGACGAAGUGUAGCAGUGACCAGUACUUCUGUUUACAGAGAGGCAGAUGUGUCAGCAUCUCAGGAGGCUGCGAGGGUGAACAGACUCCACCAACUCCAACAUCAGAGACUCACAGUAAAUGUGGGGAAGAGGAGUAUUUCUGUCUGCAGAGGAACAGAUGUGUCCCCAGAGUGAGGGACUGUGGCAGUACUGGGGAUGAUGGGGUUGACAGUAGAUGUGGUACUGGGGAGGUGUACUGUAUGACCACUGAUAGGUGUAUACCCAGGGGGGAGAGUUGUGAGGGGGGAAGUGGAGGAGGGAUGACAACACAUAAAUGUGAAGAUGAUGAGUAUUUCUGUCUCCAGAAGGGCAGGUGCUUACCAAAGCAGGGAAGCUGUGAUUCCCGGGGGUCACAGACCACCACAGCCCCACCCCAAGUAAUUGGCGACUCCUGUACAGAGGGACAGGUAUUCUGCCUGAAGUCAGGAAGAUGUGUAGAGAGAGAUACAAACUGUGCCACACCCUCCCCCUACAUGUGUGACCCUCAGCAGGAAUACUACUGCCCUGCCAGAGGAGGUUGUGUGAAGAACUCUGAGCCCUGUCUGGGACCCCCGACCACUGUGUCCCCCUCCCCAGCCUCAAAAUGUCCCCCCAACCAGGUUUUCUGCCUGGCAUCUGCUCGCUGUGUAGAGAGAACGUGUACAGGAAAAGAAGACAAACUCGUCCCAACUUCAACUAAUUCUCCCCCCUCAGCUGGUGCCCGCCUCCUUCUGGUUGACAGAGCAGUCACUGUGUACGACACUGUCCAGUUCAGACUGUCUCAGUAUGUCCCACAAAGUAGAAGUCUCAAGCAGCAGUACACUGCCAGACUCAGCUGUAACCAAACUUCGGGAGUCCGCUUUUACGCAGGGAGAGCAGUCCUGGGUGAGAUGGAUGUGGACCUGAGUCAGCUGAUCACAGUCACUACUGACGGGGAGGAGAGGGGGGUGGUCACCUGCAGAGUCCUGUCCCUCCCACCUGACAUUGACAUGGAAUUCCAGUAUAUAGGAAUUGUUGCCAUUCCAAAAACCGCUACCCCAACAGUUUCCAUGGUGAUGACUUCUACAAAUGUCACAGAGGGGGUGACCCACUGGAUGUUUGAUGAAUGGGACAAGAUGUUUCACGUCAAUAUAUCAGAUGAAGUUCCUGAAAUUGUAUCUGAUAAAGAAAUUGUGUCAUCGGAGAAUGUAACAGAAAUCUACCGAGAAGGUCUAGAAUCAAUGGCAGGUAGAGUUAUCUUCCCUUUACGAGUGGCCCUCUACAGGGUUCCUAUGGACUCCCGUGGUUUGCCAGUGGCUUCCCUAGUUACCAGAUCUGAAGGGGAAUUUCAGUGGAGGAGAGUGUCCUCUAAAGGCGUGGUGUUGGAUGACGAGGGUUAUGGAAGGACUUCUAAGUCACUAUAUGUCAAAAUACAUCCUGCUUAUAGUGGAGAAAUACGAUUUGUUCUGACUUUAAAUUCUGGAGACCAGUUUAUGUUCACUUUAAUGAUAUUAGCCGUAAACAAUGCCCCAUAUUUGACUUCCCCAGAGAAAACAAUGGACACCUUGUCUUCAGUCCUAGUACAGCCGUACUCUGGUGCCCGGGAGUUUACAGCGGGGGAGAUCAGUGACCUGGUGUUUACAGACGAGGACAGGGAUGUGUUAGGGUUAGCUCUACUGGGGACAGUGUCAGAGGAAUUGGGUUCCUGGCAUUAUGACAGUGGAGAUGGAUGGAGGCCGGUUCCUGUUUUAGGCAGAAUGACACCUCAUCAGCAGCAAAAUGUUAGUGUUGUCCUGCUGUCAAAUGUAGACAAACUCAAGUUUGUACCAACUGUGGGUUACCUGUGGUCCACAAGAGAGGCCCUUAGGAAGACCAAGCUGUACACUCUGGCCUGGGAUGGCAGUGACCUGACCUCAGGUCAAAGGUCACAGAAUCACAUUCUGAUCCAGAAGUGCUCAGCAAUGAUGAAGAUGUGUGGAGAAGGGGGUCACAGUGCCUACUCAUCAGAGAUCAUCCCUCUCUUUAUGAACAAGGCGGGCUGUGACGGACAGCCAGGGUCACAACUAGGGGAGGAUCUGUGUGGGGUGUGUGGGGGAUACGAUGACUGUGUAGACUGCAAUGGAAAACUCAAUGGAGGUGCUGUGAUUGAUGCCUGUGGGGACUGUACAGAGGGGGACACGGGGCUGACCCGGGACCACAGAUUGGACUGUAGGGGGCAGUGUGGUCUGAACUACUAUGACGACACCCUCAACAUGUGUCUACCGAAUAAUGUGGACAUUCAGAAACUGAUGACAUUGUUUCAGGAAUGUGAUGGAAGGAUCAACAGUGAUGCCUACAUUAACAAGUGUGGUCACUGUGUACUAGGCAAUACAACACUGGCAGAAAACCAUGGGGAGGAUCAAUGUGGGGUGUGUGACGGAGAGGAUGAGUGUGUGGACUGUGCUGGGGUCCCCUUUGGGGAGUCCGUGAUGGACUUUUGUGACGUCUGUCUGCUGAGGAACAGCUCCGACUACAACAAAGAAUGUUAUGUGGGGAUGGGACAUAUCAAUCAGACAAGCUUUGGAGCCAGUGGACAGAAGGCAUUAGAGAUGACCGCGUACACCAUGGCUCAGGAGGAGAAGGAGGACCGACCCUCGGCUCUGAUUAUCAAGGAGUGUGGCCUGUACAAGAGAUCAUACUGGAAUCUGGAUAUACCGAUGUCUGUUUUAUCAUAUGACAACAAUACAGGAGUGAUAGUGGCCCAGACCCGUCUACUGACAGUGUAUGAUAGCGGGGUUUACUCCAUAGGCUGUUACACACACGAUGAAGGCAUAGACACCAUCCAAUCACCAAAGACAACCCAAAUAGUUAUAUUUGGGCCCGCCAAUGUCAGGAGAGUUUUUCCACAACAAAUCAAAGUGCAAGAGGGUACAAAGGUAACUGUGAAGGGAAUCCGAUUCUUCAAGUCCGGCUACGUCAAAUGUGCCAUCAAAUGUCCCUAUACCGAGAGGGGCAUAGGCUGCUUCACAACAGAUCCUGAACCGUCUGGCUUUAUGAUCUUUCCAGCAAAACGAUUGGAUGAAUCAACAUGUGAGUGUGACCUGAAGAAAAUGUCAAAGGUCACCAGACCUAUGCCCUAUGACCUUACAGUGCUAUUGGAGCCAAUUACGGAAUAUUCAGUUCCAGGAUUGAAAUAUGUGAAGCUCUUUGUGAAAGCCCCUGCCCCGAGGCUGGUGUCUGCCAGGUUUGAUAAGAUGUACUGCUCAGUGACAGUCCUGUUUGAUGUCUCCGUGGAGGGACCCAACAACUGCACUGAUUUAUUUGAGGAAACAAGUUUUCAAAAACUUGGAGAAAAUGCGGAGUGUUACUUUAUGGGUAACAGACUUAUCAUUCUACUGAAGAGAGGGGAGUUUUCUCUGAGGCCUGGAGAGCACCUGCUGAUAUCCAACUCAACCAUCCUCAAAAUGUUCUCAGGAGAAAAGUUCCCCGCCUUCGCAUCAGGAAGUAUCCUGGUGAAGGCACCAAAAAAACAGAUGCAGAUCAGUGCAGAUCUUAUUGGAGGAGGGGUGAUUGGCAGCUGUGACCCCUUUGAACUCUUUCUAAGAAAGUCAGGCAGUUUAGGCUGUGUGGACAUUGCGUUCAAUUGGACGGUUACAUCUAAUGAUAGCAACCCUUCAGCAUUGGUUUUAUCUGAUAUCAAUGAUCUACAAAGAAGACUGGAUGAUAUGCCAGCCUCUCAAUGGAGAUUUAGUGGACAAGGGUCUGAGAUUGUGCCUGGAUCCACCUAUGUUUUCACAGCUGUAGUUUCAAACAUGUUAGACUUGACCUUUACAUCAGUGUCUGCCCAUGUGACCAGAUCACAAGGUGUUAAACCAAUCAGUGUCCAGCUUCAGGUGUUGUCAAGGAAACACCCUGAUCCUCAGAAACCUUUAAAAAUGGCUGCCAUGGUAACUCCCUCUGCUUGUAGUGGAAUCAAUAUGGUGGAGACCAGAUUCCUGUAUAAGUGGACCAGCAGCAGUGCUGAUGUGGUGAUAGCCUCGGUGAUGGAGCUGCCUUUUGCUGUCAUCAGGAGUGGAUCUCUCAGGGGAGGGUCUAGCUACACCAUCACUGUCACAGUGUUUAAACAGAAUGACGAGUCAGUGUCAGCGGAGGCUUCUGUGACCUUCAGCACCCUGAGUCAGCCCCUGGAGGUCAGGAUCCCCCCGUACAUACAGUCCCUCCCCACAGCACCCAUCACCCUGGAUGCCUCCCGGUCCUCAGACCCCGACAAUAUACCAGACAAACCCAGGUUCUAUUGGGCCUGCACGAAAGAGUCCAUCCCAGGAGCACCUUAUUACAUUAAGAGAGACAAAUCUGAGGUGAUGUUGGAGUCCCUGGUCAGACCCAGCUCUCCAGAGACCCCCUCACUGACCAUCCCUCCCGACACGCUGCCCACUGGCAGGUACAUCUGGAAUGUUACAAUGAUGAAAGGCAAGAGAUCGCGUUCUAAGUCCGUUGUUUUGGAGAUAGUAGACAACCGAGCACCACUCAUCGUCAUGGACACCACCGAUCUCACUGUUAACUCGGGGGAGGCCAUUAGGCUCAGUAGUGUUAUCUCCACGUACAACAAAAAACCUGUCAAAGUAUUCUGGGAGUGUGGACAUGUAGAGGGAUAUGACUAUGUGUCACUGGAGAAUCAUACGUCCAACCCCAGCAGGCUUGUGCAGGAAAUGAAAGAACCCCUCAGAAAUUAUGUUUUCUCGCUCUAUUUGGAUAAAGGCCUGCCCUCUGGUGGAAUGUUCUCUCUAGAGGUCACGGCCAUUGCUGGGGAGAGCAUGCUCAGUAGAACAGAAAGGGUCAAGGUCACUGUAAACUCUCCUCCAAUGAUAGGAGAGGUCAAGAUAUCCCCACUGAAUGGCACAGCGUUGUCCACCAAGUUUGAGGUGAUGUUUGGGGAGGGUUGGAUAGACCCUGAGGGGGACAAGGUGAUGUUCUAUGUACACACACAAAAGGUGGGAGAGAAGAAAAUCUGCAGAAUGAAUGCUCGGUCUGUGACUGAUGUGGUCUCCUAUGAUCUAAUGUUGGGCAAAGGAGAGUUCCUGGUCCACAUUGAGGCCUGUGACCUACAGCAGGCCUGUGUUAUCUACACAGUACCCAGUACCAUUCAAGUCAGCGAGAAAGAGAUGUCAGAGGCAGAGAUAAACACAACUGUCAGUGAUGUCACACAGCUACUGAAGACAGAUAUGGAUAAAGCUGUAGGUAUGGCAGUGACCUUGACCUCAGUAAUGGGGGAUGGGAAUGGUUCCAAGGCUCUGGGUGGAGUAAUGAAUGAUGUGGCCUACAAUCUCCUGUCCUCAUCCUCUGCAGAAUUUGCCCCGGUAGAAGCUGUAACUGUUAUGGACACUGCCAACACAAUUUUGAAGCCGAUGGCUGAAGGAGGCAUGCUAACCAAUAAAGUGAGAGGGGAGGGGUUAUUAAAGGCCAAUCAGCUAGCCUCUACUGUCAGGUCACAGCCAGGUCAAGAAAGACAAAGAAGAAGGAGAGCUGUGGAUCCCAAUUCACUGACAACAGUGACAGUUAAUCGACCAAUGUCAGAAUCUGAGGCUGAGACAAUUCUGACCAGUUACUCUCUGCUACACAUGGGUAAGAGUGAGGAUCAGAUAACUACAGAGGAAGCUGAGGACUAUCUAACAGCUCUGGACAAUAUCAAGAUUGGUGUGUGUGCAGGGAUAACUUAUGCUGAGGAUGCUAUUGUGGUGGAUAAUGAGCUGACCACACUGAGAGUCCAGAAGACCACCACCGCUACACUGGCCACAGAGAUGAUAACGGUCACGUGUGAGAACUGUACCAUCAGCCAGACCGCUUACGUGAUGUACGGAGCUGAGAUCAGUGAGGAAUAUCACCACUGGAACUGCUCCGUGGACUUACAGUGUUACGGAGCAUGCUUCACGUCAGCACAAAUGAUGGUCGACAUGGUAACAGCCACAUCACCUCAACGUUUUGCGAUUGACUUCGUUAGACGCAGUGACCUCAUUUCACUCCAGAUGAUUAAUCCUACGACCCAUAACUUGAUGACGGUGGAGGGCUUAUCAGUUCCUGUUACUGUACAGGUCCCUAUCAUGGGGAAUUAUAAUGAAAGUGCCCACUCCCUCCAGUGUAAUAUGUGGUUGGGAUCCAAUUGGACCAACGAUGAUUGUGUGAGUUCCUCGCCAGAAUUCAUGGCUGACGGAUUCCAUGUGAACUGUACUUGUAACAGGCUAGGUGUUAUUGGUGUGUUUGAGGGUCCAGUUGUCAUAGAAUCAACAACUGUACUUGAGACAACAACACAAGAAGAAACAACAGUGACAACAGAAAUGACAACAAUGAAAACAACAACAACAACAACCCCAAAAGUAGAGAUACCUAUAACGUUUGUCACCGAGGCAAAUAUUGAUCAGAAUACACAAGACGUGGUCAUAUCAAAAGCUGUGAAGUCAACCACCACCACUAAGAGUCCCCCUGUCCCUGACUCCACGACCCCCGUAAAUUCUGUCAGCGUCCCCGCCUACGCUGGUAAGGUGUACAUUUUGUUUGCCCUCCAUGAUAACUUUGCCACCAUUGUGGCAGGACAGGAGAACAGUUUCAGGCUUCAUAUCAUGCAGAUACUGACUUCCUACCUCAAAAUCCCAGCCUCCAGGAUAACCAAUCUACAGGUGGAAGAAGUCAAAAACGAUGACGAUGAUGCUGGCAGUAUAACCAUCAAGUUUGAAGUCUUCUCUCGAGCUCUGGACUCGGAGCCCACCAUGGGAGAAAUCAUCUUCCAGCUGAGGGAGGCCAUCAGAUCAGGGUCACUGGUCGUGACCUCUACUACUGGGCAGCGAUUGGUUGUGGACACCAACUCAUUUGCAUGGUCAACAUCGGAACUCAGAACUGAAAUUGACAGUGGAGCUAAUUACACCAUGUUCAUCGUAUCUGGAGCAGUAGGGGCCUUUGUUCUGAUCAUCAUUAUGACAGGGAUUGUUAUCUAUCUGAUCAAAACCAAGGCUAACAAAUCCCAACAGGUCACCCAGUCUCCUACGCCAUAUGGACCCAACAUGCAAGGUGUGGAUGUCCCCCGCCCCAUGGUGGGGAAAACCAACAGUACAUCUGGUAACUGGGUGGAGACUGAGGCUAACACAGUGGACAGUGUCUCUGAUGCUGACACUUACAGAAGUUACUCAGCUAAACCUCUGUCACGCCUCCCUCCCAUUCAGUAGGCAGAAGAAGAAAAUUCUGUUCAAUUGCUCGGAUGGAUCUCUUAUGACUCUUGUUUUAUUAUUCAGUGAUGUACAGAUAUGUAUAUCUGAUAAAACAUUCUGUCUUAGAAAUGUAUAUCUUUGAUUUUACACAAGAAGAAUAUUCUGUUUUAUUUAGAAAAAUGAUAUUAUACUAAAACUUAACUUUAAAUUCUUUAGAUUAUGAUUAUUAAUAUAUGAU